CACAACGUUGCGUGUAAAAUCGUAUAGCAACCAUGGACUCAAAACAUUGUGCAAGGGUUGAUUUUUUUGUUUAUAACGCGAUAGCGGUUCUCUUCGUCAAUCAAAAUCUGCAUUGGUUUACCGACUGUAAUAUUUGAAAGAGCAGAAUAUCUUUAUUUCUAUCAUGGCUCGGAAAGGAAUGCUGAAGGAGGAAUUUGUGUCAAAGAAAGGAGACGAGGAUGUUCCUGUCGAGCCCUGCAGGGGAUGGACAGACGACUGCGAAUUCUGCGACAAGAGAUUCGGUCACUGGGUGGAAUCAAGCGACGAGACCUUGGAGAAAAUCCCCAGCAAGCCCGGACUCUUCAUGGUGGCACUGAGAAGCAAGAGCUCCACCGAAGUGCGCAACAUUGUUCUGGACAUAACUGACAUCCAGAAAAAGGCCUACAGCUGCAUGGAUGGUAUUAAGGAACACGUAGCCGACAAACGAUCCAAAGCCACCAAAUCAGUUAUCCUCUGCCGUUGGAUGAAUUUCAAAUCGAAAAGCGACAAAGAUCUGGUCAAUUUGUGCGCGCACUGGUAUAACAACGGGAUAAAGCCCAAAGACAUGGACAAUUGGCCGGGCACAGACCUCAUCGGCCAAAGUGGGAGCCUCACAUUUUCAGAAAAAAUCCAGAAAUGGUGCUAUCCCAGGAAGGAAGCAACAUGGCGUAAGCCCAAAUCGACACCCACCAAAAAAGUGGAAGUGGUCGUGGAAUGCGAUUUCGAAGAGUCGUGCGAAGUGUGCGAUUCCAAUUUCGGAUUCAGUAACUGGAAGCCGCUGGUGGAUGUCGUGCAAGACGACCUGGCGCCGAAGACCCCCGGUAUUUACCAGCUGGGCGUGAAGUAUGGUAAGAAGCGCGAAGUGGUGUUAAUUUCCGCUGACCAGAAAGAUAUUAAGUUUAACAACAUCGCCCUGGCGAUCAAAAGUGGCGAAAAGUGGAAUCAGUCUGUCCUCAAGAAUGAAAAAUUUAAGAACAAAAACGCGACUUUGGAAGUGAGGUGGAUGGAAGUUCAGAAUAUUGAAAGCGAGAACAGUUGUUUCCUGUGGGCACACUGGCUGAAUGCUGACAGGUUUCCGAUGUUGAACCACAAGAUGCCUGGUGAGAAGCAACUGGAGAAGCACAAGAGUUUCGUUCUGAGGGUGAAUGACAAGCGCUGGUGUUAUGAAAUAGAUGUCUUCAAGCAAAACAGGCUCUCCAAGUUCAAAUCUAAGAAGCAAGUCAUGAACGAACUGGAGGAAGACAUCAGAUUCAUGCAUUGUUCAGAGGAUUUAUCUUAAAUCGUGACGACGGAGUAGGACAUUAAAUAAGUUCACUUACUGAUUCGAAUCAGUUGCAGGAUGAUUCUAAUCGCCGAUCAAUUCAAUGAUUGGAAUCACAGAAUCAAUACCGAACUCUAUUUCGUUUACUAUUUGAGAGUAAUUUAGCCAUUGAAUAAAAUGCUGUAUUAUAUUUAUUCAUUUAUAUUUUUGGAGAGAAAAAAAGUAUGAAUGUAAUAAUUACACUUGUAAAAAAAUAAAAUCUUUUUUUCCCUCCUGA